UCAGAAAGAAUGAAAACUCUGCCGCUGUUUGUGUGCAUCUGUGCACUGAGUGCUUGCUUCUCGUUCAGUGAAGGUCGAGAAAGGGAUCACGAACUACGUCACAGAAGGCAUCAUCACCAAUCACCCAAAUCUCACUUUGAAUUACCACAUUAUCCUGGACUGCUAGCUCACCAGAAGCCGUUCAUUAGAAAGUCCUAUAAAUGUCUGCACAAACGCUGUAGGCCUAAGCUUCCACCUUCACCUAAUAACCCCCCCAAAUUCCCAAAUCCUCACCAGCCACCUAAACAUCCAGAUAAAAAUAGCACUGUGGUCAACCCUACCUUAGUGGCUACAACCCAAAUUCCAUCUGUGACUUUUCCAUCAGCUUCCACCAAAAUUACUACCCUUCCAAAUGUGACUUUUCUUCCCCAGAAUGCCACCACCAUAUCUUCAAGAGAAAAUGUUAACACAAGCUCUUCUGUAGCUACAUUAACACCAGUGAAUUCCCCAGCUCCACAAGACACCACAGCUGCCCCACCCACACCUUCUGCAACUACACCAGCUCCACCAUCUUCCUCAGCUCCACCAGAGACCACAGCUGCCCCACCCACACCUUCUGCAACUACACAAGCUCCACCAUCUUCCUCAGCUCCACCAGAGACCACAGCUGCCCCACCCACACCUUCUGCAACUACACCAGCUCCACCAUCUUCCUCAGCUCCACCAGAGACCACAGCUGUCCCACCCACACCUUCUGCAACUACCCUAGACCCACCAUCUGCCUCAGCUCCACCAGAGACCACAGCUGCCCCACCCACACCUUCUGCAACUACACCAGCUCCACCGUCUUCCCCAGCUCCACAAGAGACCACAGCUGCCCCAAUUACCACACCUAAUUCUUCCCCAACUACUCUUGCACCUGACACUUCUGAAACUUCAGCUGCACCCACACACCAAACUACUACUUUGGUCACUACUCAAACUACUACUACUAAACAACCAACUUCAGCUCCUGGCCAAAAUAAAAUUUCUCGAUUUCUUUUAUAUAUGAAGAAUCUACUAAACAGAAUUAUUGAAGACAUGGUGGAGCAAUAGUAUAUUAUAUGUUGUAAAGUGUUCUGUCAUUUAUAAGAUGUGAUUCAUGAGUGCAGAACUACCAUCUUUACUUUUAGCACCAAUCCCAACAUGAAAUUAUAUUACUCAGAUUUAAAGCACUAUCAUUAAUCUUUCAAUCUAAUUAUUCACCACCACAAGACCUAUUAACAAGACAAAAUGCCUCUAUCCCACAAGCCAGAUGCAGGUCUGGGGUUCAAAAUAACUCUUUGGAUCCUACAGAGAUAGCCUACUGAGGGCAGAGAAAGUCCUUAGAUAAAGAGAGAAUAUUGUAUGGGCCAUCAGCCAUUUACUUUUCCCUGAAUGUUAGAAACUACAAAACCACUACCUUGUACCCCCAUCAAAAUCCCACCUGAACCAUCUAAUCCUAUAAACAUAAAGGGGUAAAAUUGGAACUCUCCAGAUGAACAAAGACAUCUAAAUAUCUGUAGAUAGAAACAUGUAUCUAUCUAAAUAUAUUGAUAGACCUGUCAUUGUAUUGAUUAAUGACAAAACCCUUUAGAUAAUUAUCUUCAAUUUUAAAUAAAAUUUUAUUUCACAAAUAUGAGCCAAGAAAGAGGAAAGUUGAUUUGAAGUGAGGAUUAGAAGUGAAUGACAAUAAAGUCUGGCAGCCAAGCACGAACCAAGACUGGCACUAUUUUUCUUAGUGUAUAUAAUUGUUUAAACUGCAAGGUUGACAUUUAUUGUGUUGUGUCUAAGUUAAUUUCGAUCUAAUGUUCCUGAUUCUAGCCUCUGUGAACAACAAGAAUAUGUUUGUGUAUGUUCACAUGGUGUUCAUAGUAUUUCACUAUCAAUUCAAUUAAUUCACAUAAAUUCCAUGUGAAAUGUAUUCAACAAUGGAAUAUUUUCUAAAACAUUUAGUAUACAUUUGAAUGUAUUUUAAACCAUGCCAAACUACUGCUUUAAUGUCAAGUUUGCAGAAUUGUCUCUGAAAAUAAAAACCCUGACUUUAGUUGUAAAAGAAUAAAAAUUAGCUACUUGG